AUGGAAGAAAAUAUCAUUCAUUAUCGGCAUAUCUUGUUGUAUUAUUUUAAAAAAUGUAAGCGAGCUGCAGAAGCUGCAGUGUUUAUGGGGACGAUGCCUUAACCGAACGCACCAGUCUAAAUUGGUUUGCCAAAUUUCAUUCAGGAUAUUUUGACAUCAAUGAUGCUCAACGGUCUGGUUGCCCACAUGAAAUUGAAACGAGCAAUGUUAAGGCCCCAAUCAGUGCGGGAGAUUGCUAUGGCCCUAA